AUGGCAGUAGGAAUUGCUGAGGAAGGAGUAUCGAAGGUCAAGGAAGCCUUCGAAAAAUGCGCCAAGGAGCAGCAGAGCUAUAGGCAACUCAGGGCGUCUUUUGAGUGCGAAACACAAUUAGAAUUCGUAGAGACGAUAGAAGGCUUGGUAGAAGUCGACGAAAUUCUAAGGGUAACCAAGUGGAGUCAAGAAGACCUGGUGAGCAAUUGCGCUGAGUUGAAAAAGAAAAUGGCGCGACUGCUACAAAAAGAGAAUGAAGUGCGUUCAUUACAGAGCCAGUUGGAAGCCAGAGAAAGGGAGCUGGAUGAGCUCAAAAGACGGAGAAAAGAA